ACUCUAAAGAAGUUAAGUUAACGUUGGUACUCGUCACUUUGUCUUUGUGGUAUCACUAUCAGCAAGCGCUUGUUUUUUAAUAUUUUAUGUCAGCUAAGUUCCAAAAGGUAAGAACGUUGAUGUCCCCUGGGCCUGGCAUGCCUGGAUACAUGAAUCGCAAUCUUACCAUCCUCGAUCUUCUGCUCCAGAUUUUUACUGACAACAUGACGCAACCAGUUCCGGAGAUAUUUCACUAGCGAAAAUCCAGCAAUUGCUACCCCGGUUGUUCCGCAGAGAAUGAAAACGAAGCUCCGUACACUCCUCACAGCGGGUACCGACGACAUUUUAGAAGCUUGAAAUGUUAUUCUGGAUUAUUUCAAAUGAGCAUAGCAGGGUAUCUCCUUUAUCCUUCGUUGAUAAAGAGCCAUAUUGGUUUGGUUAGUUGAGAUAAAUGGUUGACGACAAAAUGCUGAGACAUUUUAAUUUCGAGUUUAGCGCCGUGUAUUUCGUACUGCACGAUUUCGCUGCUCCACUAUCUGCUAGCUCAUACAACUGUUCCCGCGAUCCGAUGCAUCGAGGCACUUGCAAGCCCGCUACUCCCUCGUCCCAAAGACAGAUGUAGCUACGCUAGGCAGCAGCGCUCACAUAACUAAGCUAGAUCAGCUCAGCGAAAAGUUAGUAACAGGGAUUUCUUCGGAAUGAACAUCGUCCACAACUUGCAUUGAGUAGAACGUAAAGGUUUGGCACUACUCCACACCUGAAAGAUCAUUAUGGCAUCAACGUCUUUUCAGGUAAUACAAGGUGACGAUGGGAGUCACAUAUACAAGGCUCCAAACCACUGCAGGAAAGCCUUGGAGAUGCUUGCCCAAUGCUGGCGCCAGUACCCGAGCCUCUGUGAUGCCAUCAUCAAUGUUCAAGACCUGCAGUUCAAUGCCCAUAGGGCCAUCCUUAUGGCAUGUAGUAAUUUCUUCAGCGAUAUAUACAACGCAUUGCCUUCAGGCGGUCACAAUCCAGAACUGCUAAGGAAGAGUGUCCGCCUAUCUCACCUGGCCCCCGCAUCUUUCCACAUGUUCCUCGAGUUUGCGUACACGGGAAAGCUUGAUCUAAACAUAAAGACAGUCGAGAUGUGGUUGGAGAUAGGGUUUACACUGAAGGUACCUAUGGUGAAAGACGCAGCCUGUACCUUCUUGAAGAGUCAGACCAACACAGAUAACUGCAUGGACAUCAUCGGUAUUGCUGAGAAAUAUGAUCUGUCGGAGAUCAAACACCAUGCAAAUCGGGCAAUGUGUGAACGCCUCAUUCAACUUUCUCAAUCGUUUCAUGAAGGAAAUCGUUCAGAUGAAGCUGACAUGUGUUCAGAUACAGAUGAUAUCAAUGAUGAUGGAGGAGCAGAGGACAUUGAAAAUAUUGAUGAUGAGGAGGAAAAUGAGCAGUCAUCAAGGAUACCCCAAACCAGACUAGCCAGCAAAGACAAAGCAUCUCCUCGAAGGGUGGAAACUAAAGCUGCCUUGAAAGCAGUUAACCUCAGACCUAGGAAACCUAAGAAAUCUCCAGAACCAAGGGCUCCAUCACAAAGAGUCCUCAAACAACGCGCUUUAAAAGCAAAGCAAAAUCCUAUUGUUGCCACUGCAAAAGUGAAGAAGGAGUAUCCCUGCAAAUUCUGUGAUACAAUCUGUAAGAGACAUAGUGAGUUAAAGAGUCACUAUCGGAACGUCCAUGCAAAGUGCAAAAAAUGUCAAAAGGUGUUCCACAAUGAUGAAGAACUCAAAGAACACCUAGAGGUUCACAGACAGCGUGAGUUGAAUGCCAGGAAAGUGAAGUCUUACAUUUGUCCUUACUGUGGAAAGAACUGCCAUGUGAACUCGGCAUUGAAAAUUCACAUACGCACACACACUGGGGAGAAACCAUUUAAAUGUGAUAUUUGUGGUGCCCGAUUCAUUCAGUCCAUCAAUUUGAAAAGGCAUAUUCUGUCUUAUCACAAAGAUGGCGAGCCUUAUGCUUGUAGUGUCUGUGGAAAGAAGUUCAGGGUUUUGGUGUACCUGAAAAGCCAUGAAAUAACCCAUAGCAAGGAUCGGCCAUUCCAAUGUGAGGCCUGCGGUGCCAUGUUUAAACGCAAGAGUGACCUACGAAGCCAUAGACGCGUACACAACUCUGAAAAACCAUAUGGAUGUAGCAUCUGUCAUACCAAGUUCAAGACUACCAACGAUCUCAAGGCUCACAUGCUUAUUCAUGAUGACCAGAAGCCACAUGUAUGUAAUCAAUGUGGAGCAAGUUUCAAGCGAAGUGGUCACCUCAACAGGCAUGCAAAGAUCCAUACCAAAAGCAGACCAUUUGCCUGUGAUCAGUGCGGGGCUCAGUUCAAUCGUAAGGAGAAUCUUCGUAGUCAUCAGCGAAUCCAUACAGGAGAAUAUGCAUAUAGUUGCAAAGUUUGUAACACUAAUUUCAGACACAUCAGCAGCCUCAAGAUUCAUGAAAAGAGUCAUUGGCCGGUAAAGACACCACAACCACAGAAGGAAGAGACACAGGAUGGUAUACUGAUGCACCUCCUGACACCACCCAAUAGAACAACCACUCCCAUGGUACCAACAGGUGAACAACAAUCAAUUCAAUUCAAUGCAACACAACAGGCAACAGCAGCAACACCCAUCCAGAUAAGGGUUGCUCCUUCCAAUCUACAAGAGCUAGCCGGAGGAGGAGUGGCUACUUCAAACGGCAUCGAUAUCACUCUGGUGAACUUAGCAACGGGUACCUUGAACCAACCGAGACACUCGCCCUCGCCGCCGUCGGAACCGGCUCAGCUACAACCUGUAUUACCAUCUCAUCCUAUGAUCCAGCAUCCUAGCCCCAAUCCUGCUGCGUUACUGUCCCUCAACACCACACAAGCCUUGGCCCAGGUCCAAGCGGAAGCCCAGGCUCAGAUCCAAGCUCAGAUCAAUUCACAGAGUGUUCCUUUGCAACUGACUACCCAUCAUCAUCAUGGUAAUCAUCAUGGUCAUCACCAUGGUCAUCAGCAGACUGCCCAGUCUCUCAUUGCUGGCUCAAUCCCAACAGCUACAGUUCAAGAGACAAAUCACUUUAUCUUGCAAUGAAAAAGGAAUAAUGUAUUGAUGCCAUCUGUAAUAUCUCUAUGACACAAAAUGUAAUCAAAUAUUUUUUUUUAACUGUUUAUAGACAUUUCUAUCUACUAUACCAAAUUUCCACCAUGUACCGUAUUUUAAAUGUACUAUGAAUGACAUUUUUUCUUUGAUCACAUCAUGAUUGCCACCACCUGAUUAGACCUUAAAAAAUCGUUAGGUUGCCCUCAUAAGCCCAAAAUUGGAAAGUUGGGUCGGUUUUUUUUUUAUUUAUUUUUUUUAAAUACCUUUGCUGCUGUACUGCACACAGAUAAUCAUGCAUGGGAUGAUUUAUGUAUGCAGUCAAGCAUAUAAAAACACAUGAAAGUGCUUUUUUUUUAGCAAUUGAAAACUAAUUUGAGCAAAUUCUUUGCCCAAAUCUGUUUUUCGCAUUUUAAUUCGGUCGGAUGAGGGCAACAUAACAGUUUUUUUUAGGCCUCAUAUUGAUGAGAACAUUCAUUUACAGAAACAAAAUGUCUGUAAAUUAUUAUUUAAAGAAAACAAUGUUCAUUACAUAACUGUAUGUACAUCAUGAAUCAUCCCAUACAAAAGAACCUGUGUUACUCAGAUUCUUUUCGCUGGAGUGAUAGAAGCAUAUGAUUGUUAACCUAGUUGGAGUAGCAGCAGCAAAGCCCAUUCUAUGCUUGAAAACUGAAAUGAUUAUUACAGCAUUGGACACUGGUGGAUAUUCAUGUGUCCUACAUGUACGGUAUUAAUUACAAAGUAUAAAAACAAAAUGCCUUUAUAAUCCUGAGAAAUGGAUCAGAUAUCUUGCAGAAUGGAGUUUAAAUAAUUGCGUUGAAUGUACAGGUAUUUUUUAAAAGAAUACUUGUGCUUCUAGUCUUCAAUCUACUUUAAAAUGAAUUAAUUAUGCUAAUAUAUGCAUGAAAUAAGAAUGUAGCUGUAAAUCUGCAUGUACAGGCUUGAAAGAUUUUUUCAUGUAUUUCACAUUUAAUAAAUGUGAUAUUUCACUUUCAUCAAUGGAGUGAAAACCUACUGAAUUUUCCAAAAGAGCCCUUCAUCUUCAACAUUCACUUCAAAAAUUCAAUAUAUUUUUUUAAACAAAAAAUAAAGUAAUAUUGUUAUAUAUGCACCUGAAAGAAAAAAAUGGACAGUAUCUUGGAAGAUAUAAUUAUCCAUUCUAAAUAAUCAGUGUGGUUGAUAUUUGAGUGGUUCACAUGAGGCACAUUCUAAUAAAUUGUGAAAUAUUGAAAUAAA